AUUUCUUUUGUUACAUAACUUAUAUAAUCAUUUUUUCAUUAAUAAUCUAGCAGACAUAGUGUAUAGAUUACUUUUAAGUUGAAAAUUAAAGAACUAUUAAAGUAGGAGAUGUUUGAACCUCAGAUUUUUUUUUUUUAACUAGUGUGACCAAAACUAAAAGUUAAGGAAUUCUAGAGGAAGGAAGUAGAGAUUGUUUUGUAUUCAAAUGUCUUAUGGGAGAGCUUAAAUAAAUUGACUUAUUUUUGUCAUCUACUUCCUCUCUUGUAAAUGAAUAAAUUUCUAAAUGUUGCUCAUCUUUGCUAGGGAUUUUUUUUUUGUUUGAGGCAGAACAGUUUAACUUAAUAUCACUAUGUUUCUAUUUAAAAGGCAAUGUAAAUAUCAGUAUCCUUCUUUAACCAGUGAGGACCUUGAGGGGCUCUAAGAUUGGAUAAAAUCAUUUCUUUAAGUUCUCUCAGUUAGUAAGUAACAGCUGAUGUCAGAACAUAGUGACAUCAGUGCUCUGGUUCCACAUUCUUUCCAUCCCUCAGAAGGAGAGGAACAAGAGGAGGGAGUAAGGAGAGAAGGAAGAGGGUGUAGGAGGAAAAGGAAGAAGAGGAGGGGUGGAGAGAGGAGGAAGAAUGUUGCUUGUUGUGUUUAUUAUUCACAAUGUUUAGCACAGUCAUACAGUAUUGCUUUGAAUCUUUAUAACAAUCUUCUGAAAUUGGUAUUUUACAUUUUUUUCCCCAAUAUACAGUUGAGGAAACUGAGUCUCAAAUAAGUUAUAUUCCUCGUUCAUAGUUACACGGCUAGUACUAGAGCUACUCCAAAGCCUGUCUUUCUACCACUGCACAAAACUGAUUCCCAUGCUGUCACUUACUUCCCUGUAUUUUUUUUAAUGGACACUGCAAACGUCACUUUAAAUUUUAUUUUAUUUCUAUAAGAGAAGCAGAUUGGGAACAGUAACAAACAAACAAAACUCUGGCUCUGCACCAUGGUGUGUUGAACACUAUUUGGAGGGGGGAAGUGUAGAAACGUUUCUGGACUAAAGUGAAAGUUGGGAAUUAAAAGUUAACAUCAAAAUUGAAACAAAGCCACAUUUUGUGAAGUGCACGCUAAUAGCAGUCCAUUCGAUCAAAGGAUGUGAUCUCACUUCACAGUAAAACAGGUCCUGCAAGCCCAGGUAACUCAGGAAGCAGAAUGGUAAUUAUUCACAGAAGAAAGCAGGUAGUAUACUGUUACAUUACUACAGGAGAAAGUCAGAAGGUCACAAAGCUUACAGGGUAACUGACACAACUGAAACUGCUUGGCCCCCUUUAAAAAGAAAUAAUAAAAUGGGAGAGAAUGAAGCAAAUUUACCUAACACAGCUUUGCAAGGUAAAAAGAUGGCCUAUCAGAAGGUCAAUGCAGAUCGAAGAGCCCCAGGACAUUCACAGUACCUAGACAAUGAUGACCUCCAAGCCACUGCCCUUGACUUAGAGUGGGACAUGGAAAAGGAACUGGAGGAGCCUGGUUUUGACCAGUUCCAGCUAGAUAGUGCUGAGAAUCAGAACCUGGAGAAUUCAGAGACUGCGGACCUCAGUCUUGAUCCCAUUCAACCAGCAACUUCACCCAAAGGAAGGUUUCAGCGACUUCAAGAAGAGUCUGACUAUGUGACCCAUUAUACAAGAUCUGCACCAAAGAGCAACCCCUGCAACUUUUGCCGCCUUUUAAAGCUAUUUUGCACAGCAAGCAUUUUAUUUAUUUCUGGAAUUUUGAUAGGCUAUUACACACAUAAAAACUGCUCUUCAAAUGCUAUGUCUUCAGGAACACUUGAUCUUCAGUUACACCAAGAGAUUCUCAAGACAAUCCAAGCAGAAGAUAUUAGGAAGUCUUUCAGAAAUUUGGUACAACUGUACAAAAGUGAAAACGACAUAGAAAUAUUAAAGAAGAUUAAGACUCAGUGGACUUCUUUGGGCCUAGAAGACAUACAGUUUGUAAAUUACUCUGUGCUGCUGAACCUGCCAGGCCCUUCUCCCAGCUCAGUGACUCUAAGUAGCAGUGGCCAGUGCUUUCAUCCUAAUGGCCAGCCUUGCAGCGAAGAAGCCAGACAACACGGCAGCCAAGAUCCGCUGUACUCAUAUGCAGCCUAUUCUGCCAGUGGAACUCUCAAGGCUGAAGUCAUUGAUGUGAGUUAUGGAAAUGCAGAUGAUUUAAAUAGGAUUAAAAAAAUGAAAAAUGUCACAAAUCAGAUUGCACUCCUGAAAUUAGGAAAACUGCCACUACUUUAUAAGCUUUCCUUAUUGGAAAAGGCUGGAUUUGGAGGUGUUCUUCUGUAUAUUGAUCCUUGUGAUUUACCAAAGACUGCAACUCUUAGCUAUGAUACAUUUAUGGUGUCACUGAAUCCAGGAGGAGACCCUUCUACACCUGGUUAUCCAAGUAUUGAUGGAAGCUUUAGACAAAACCGAUCAAACCUCACCUCUCUACUAGUGCAGCCCAUCUCAGCAUCUCUCGUUGCAAAACUCAUCUCUUCACCGAAAGAUAGAAUCACACACAGUGCCUGUAGCCCUCUAGAACUUCCAAAUAAUGAGGAAAGAAUUGUCAGCAUGCAAAUUCAGACAGUCACAAAAUUUGAAACAGUUACUAAUGUUGUUGGAUAUUUAAAGGGCUCGAGAUCUCCAGACCGUUAUAUCAUAGUUGGCAGCCAUCAUCAUACCGCAUACAGUUAUAAUGGACAAGAAUGGGCCAGCAGCACUGCCGUCAUCACAGCUUUUAUCCAGGCCUUGAUGUCAAGAGUCAAGAGAGGGUGGAGACCAGACCGCACUAUUGUUUUCUGUUCAUGGGGUGGAACAGCUUUUGGAAAUAUUGGCUCCUAUGAAUGGGGAGAGGAUUUCAAGAAGGUUCUGCAGAAGAAUGUUGUGGCUUAUGUUAGUCUCCACAGUCCUGUAAGCGGUAACUCAAGUCUCUACUCUGUAGCUUCACCAUCUCUUCAGCAACUGGUAGCUGAGAAAAAUAAUUUCAACUGUUCCAGAAGAGGUCAGUGCCCAGAAACAAAUAUCAGUUCUGUACAGAUGCAAGAUGAUGCCAAUUACUUCAUCAACCAUCUUGGAGUUCCCACCGUGAGGUUUACUUAUGAGGACAUCAAAGCAUUAGAGGGUCCAAGUUUUCUCUCUGAAGGCUUUUUCCCUAAACGUGCAACAAAAAUUGAAGAAACGGAUCCUUUUUUCAAACUUCACGAGACCAUUACCAAGCUCUCAGGAGAAGUGAUUUUACAAAUUGCCAACGAACCAGUUCUGCCCUUUAAUGCUCUCGAUAUAGCUUUAGAAGUUCAAAACAGCCUUAAAGGUGAUCAACCCAACACGCCUCAACUGCUAGCCCUGGCCUCACGCCUGCGGGAGAGCGCUGAACUCUUUCAAUCAGAUGAGAUGCGUCCUGCUAAUGACCCCAAGGAAAGAGCUCCCAUCCGUGUGCGGAUGCUGAAUGAGAUUCUCCAAGACAUGGAGAAGAGCUUCCUGGUGCAGCGGGCACCUCCAGGGUUUUACAGAAAUAUCCUGUACCACCUUGAUGGGAAGACAAGCCAGUUUUCAAUACUCCUGGAGGCUUGGGAACACUGCAAGUCACUUGCAUCAAAUGAGACCCUUCAAGAAGCCCUGUCAGAAGUAUUGAACAGCAUUAAUGCAGCUCAGGUUUACUUCAAAGCAGGACUUGAUGUGUUUGAGAGUGUCUUAGCUGGAAAGAACUGAGAAAACUCUCAGCAUUUGAAAACGUUUGUUUACAAUUCCUCAAGUGAAAGCUCUAAUCUGACUAGAUUUUCUGACAUUGAAGACUUUUUCCCUCCAAUGGCUUUUGAUAUAAGUAUAAAGCUAUCCUUCCUUUGUAUUUUUUAAUGUAUGUGUAAAAAGAGCAUUUUGCACAUUUAAUAUUUUUUCUUAUAUCUAGAUUUCUGAUUAUGUAAAAGCAAGUUAUUGAAAUCAUACUUAAGAUUUAUCUAUUAAAAAGAAAUCUGCU